GCGGCGGCGGACGGCGGUUGCUGUGGCGGCGGGGGCGGCGUUGGCGGCGUUGGCUUUUUUUCCCGAGCUCCUGGAGCGCCCCAAUGGAAGCGGAGCCGGGUCCGGGCCGGCGCUGCUGCUGCAAACCGGGGGGCCGACUGGACAUGAGCCACGGCUUCGUGCACCACAUCCGGCGGAACCAGAUCGCCCGAGAUAAUUACGACAAGAAGAUGAAGCAGGCAGCCAAGGAGAAGGUUCGGAGGCGACUCACCCCGGCCCCUACGAGGCCCCGAAAGCCGGACCAGCAGGUGUACUUACCCCGACGACGGAGCGAGGCAAGGCUGAGCCGGCCUGGGGCCUCCACUGGGAGCCGGGAUACAAAUUUCCCUACAUGCAGCCUGGAGUAUGAGGAGUCCAGUGAGAGCAGCAGCAGUGGCGGCAGCUCAGAGCCUGAGCCCCCCAACCUUCAGCUCUUUUGCCUAGAAUAUGAAGCAGACAGUGGGGAAGUCACGUCUGUCAUCGUGUGUCAGGACGACGACCCAGGAAGGGUGAGUGAGAAAAUCUCUGCCCACACUCCCCUGGACCCGCCCAUGCGAGAGGCCCUCAAGAUUCGCAUCCAGGAAGAGAUGGCAAAGCGGCGGAGCCGUCCCUGAGUGCCCCCUGACGGACUUGGCUGUACCUUCCGAGUGGGAGGUUUACCCUGCCCCCUUACCCUGGGGACUGCGGGCCCGGGCUGGCCUCCCCACUCAGCUGCUGGGGCUUUUGGAGAAGCAUCCACUGCCCAGCUGGUCCUUGGCAUUUCCUUGGCAGUGACUCCUCUGCCAUCUCACCACAGACCACAGCUGCCUGGGAGUUGCUGAAAAGGGUUUCUCUGGCCUUGUGGAAUUCCCAAGGUGUGCUGCACCCUGAAGAGCCCCUCUCUUGUAGGGGUUGGUCCCCUAAGCCCUGUGCCAAUGUGCUCCAUUUUCAAGGGAGAUACGUGCCCUUCUCCUAGUCCUCCCAAUUCAUGCUUAUUGUGGUUGGGGGGGUUCUUGUGGGCCUGCUUCCCCUUACCAAACUCCAGGACUCCCUGGAGUGCUUUCUCAGCCCUGUUUCCCUUUAUUUCCAUGUUAUUGUCUCAGGUAGGACCCCAGAGCUUCCCCACACCCCAGGCCUUGCAGCAGCUCUCAGCCUACAGAGCUGUUGGUGUUCUCAUUUUGCCCACUCUUAGCAAUACCUACAAGAGACCUGAGGAGAGGACUUUGAUCAGCCCCCCCCCCCAAGAAUGUUAUGGAAUUGGUGGGAGCCCUCCCUGUUCCAAGGGUUCCUCCUAUACCGAGGAAGUCCUGCCAUGCCUGGCCCAUCGGGCCUGGGAUCUCAGUGGAGCCAGGAUGCUUCUGAAGGUGGUCAGGCUUGGGGAGAGCAUCUGCAAGUGAGAUCACAGAGACUCUCCCGACUAACUUGGCACUGUCCAAAUUAACAAAAGGAGGGGCCGAACAAGCAAUAAUUACCCAAGUGGAGCUCUACUGCUCUGUCUCCUUUCCUCUUCUUUAAGAAAAGAAGCCAAACCCUCUCCCAGGUCUGAUCCAGAGAUCCUUUGUCCUUCCCCUCACCAACUUUGCCAUCUUGAACCUCCCCCCUUUAAAUGUAUAAAGUGUGUUUGAGAUUCUUAGAAUAAAGGUACCAAAGGAACAGC